AUGUAUGCACCCUCUGCUGACGAUUCAAUGUACACAGAUUCCUCACCAGCAGAAACUAGUAACAACGAAUAUGAAAAUGGUCAACAUGGAAUUGGUGCGUUUAACAUUUUUGAUUACUAUUUAAACUUAUUUCAUUAUACGAAGGAUAUACUUAAUGCUGAUAGUCAAUCACCUAUUAAACGUGAAGAACCUGAAGUAGAUGUGACUGGUGAAGAACCUUCUGCGACGGAAGAUCAACCAUCACCUCUAAAAUUUGAUGACCAAUUUGGAGAAGUUGUUGACGAAGAAAGAGAUAAAAUACAAAGAUUGAAUAUGCGUCAUCCCCAUAAUAACACUGCUGUUAGAGAUUAUCUAAAUAAAACUGUUGUACCUAGUCUUAUGGCAGGACUAAAGAAAAUUGUUAGAGAAAGGCCAACGGAUCCAUGCGAAUUUUUAGGCAGAUAUUUAAUUGAUCAUUGUCAACAUGAUCAUACUAAAGAUGAAUAUGGAUCAGAAAUGCGAAUAAAACAUGAAGAUACUGAUGAUUACGAACGAACAACAACAACUCGCCAGAAACAAAGAAGAGAUAGUAAUUCAAGUUUGGACGUAGGUUCAGAAAUGGAUGUUGAUGUGAUAUUGAAUCCUUAA